UCCACAUCCCCAGUGGGCUGAAGACCACAACACUGAAGACCACAACGGAGAGAAAAGGAGAAAUUCUUUGCUGCCUGAAUCAUACGUGAUUAAAAUAUUUUAGGAAGUAUAACAUCAGUCUUGUGCUGUACAUGAUGGGCAUCACACUGUUCGGUGUUGUGCUGAUCUUCUUGUCUGUAGGGCUGAAUAUACAGACAGCAGAGAGCUGCAGUUGUAUCCAACAACACCCUCAACAUCACUUCUGCACUUCUCAAAUAGUGAUUUUAGGUGAGAUAACCAGAGAGAAUGAAGUUGUGGAAAAUGAAGAGGACUUCAUUCGGUAUGAAAUCAAAAUAAUCGAGGAAUUUAAGGGUUUUAACAAAUCGAAGAGAAUUCAGUAUGUGUAUACAAAUCAAGAUGAAGGCAUGUGUGGCAUCACACUGGAGAAGAGGCGAUACCUGCUUUCAGGAUAUCUGUAUAAAAAUGAUGGGAUCGAGGUAAAUUUGUGUAACCUUGUCAAGCAAUGGGAUGGACUCUCCUUAACAAAGCAAGAAAACCUCAAACAAACAUAUAAGAUGGGCUGUAACUGCACGAUCUCUAGGUGUUCGGGCAGACAAUGUUGUUCCCAAUCUGAGAAGAAAUGUAUGUGGAAUAAAUCUCCACAGUCUCUGGAGUAUGCCUGUCUGGAGGACAGUGACGGCAUCUGUAGCUGGUACAGGGCAGGUUCAAAAGCUGAUGAAGAUGCAAAGUGCAAACCCAAAGGGUGGAGCAUUUUCUCAUUCUUAAAGAAGAUAUUUGUUUGAUGCUGAGACUCACUAUUCUUUACAAAUGCUUAUUCAGCUUGAGUCCAUUUUUAACUUUGAAAGAGGAAAGACCCAAUUCCUCCUCCUAUGACUGUUUCCAUAAGCAAAUUAAACACCAUUGUAUGCCCAAAAAAUGCCGUUUGUAA